ACUAGUAUAAAACCAUUUUGCCCUUAAAAUUCUGUAUUUCUUUUAUCGUUCUGUGAAGAAUCAAAACUAAGAGCAACACAAAAUUUGGCAGUUCCCUCCAUUUGUUGUUUUCAUCCAAAUUUGAAUUCAGCAUUCACCUUUACUCCUUCUCUCUCUUUCCAGUUUCCUCCCAUCUAAUGGCAGGCCCUUCCAACUCCAAAACCCUCCAUGUUGACGACGACGAUGAUGAUUUUCAAGAUCCAUCUCCUUCUCAGCUCCCUUUCCCAAAACCCACCUCAAAAAUCGCACCCCUUAAGCCUCUCAGACCUCAUCGUAGUGCCAAGAAGCCAAAAUUGCGUUCACCACAUGCUGGCAAGGAGAACUUUGUUGUUGCUGGAAACUGUACUCAGAACUUGAAUUUGGGUCGUGGAUUGAGUAGUUCUCGUCCUACAAAGAAGCCGACAGCAACUGCUCAGAAGGAGUGUAUUGCCUCUGUUGUUGUUGAAAAAUCUGAUGAAAAUGUGAAGAGUCUUGUUGAAAAAUCUAAUGAAAAUGUGAAGAGUCUUACUUCUAUUCACCACAAAUCGGAGUUCGAUUUUGAGGAUUUGGAUUUCGGUAAUGGAUUGGAUGGUUCUCGUCCUACAAAGAAGCCGAAACAACACCCAGUAAGUGCCCAGAAGGACUGUCUUGCCUCUGCUGUUGUUGAAAAAUCUGACGAAGAUGGAAAGAGCCUUACUCCUAUUCACCCAAAAUCGGAGUCUGAUUUCGAGGAUUUGGAUUUGUCUCAUGGAUUGGAUAGCAUAGAAUCGACUAUAGAUUGUUGUUCCGGGAUCCAAAAACCAACUAAUGAGGAAGAAUUAAAGAGGGGUUACUUGUUUAAGUCUAUAGAGGCCAGGUUACUCAAUUCAAAUGGCGGGUUUGAAGAGAGGAAGGAGGAGGAGGAGGAAGCGGAGGAGUGUUCUGAGCUUGAUUUGCUGCUCAAGUUAUGUGUUGAGGAGGAUGAACUAGAUGGUGAUUCUUUAACAACUGAGUUGCGUGUCCAAGAAGACUAUUUGGGCGUAGACGAUGAAUGUGGUCUCAUUUGUUGUCCGCUUUGUGGAGCAGAUAUUUCAGAUUUGAGUGCUGAAAUGAGAUUGGUUCACACUAAUGAAUGUCUUGACAAAGAAGAGACCCCAAGAGAUGUGGUCACUGCCAAUACUGAUGUAUCUUUUCAGUGUCCUGGGCAAGUGCUCAAUGAUUCCCCAUGCCAAUCUCCUAAAGAGGUUGUUCACGUGUCACCUGUUGUUGAAUGGUUAAGAAAUCUUGGACUUGCUAAAUAUGAAGAAAUUUUUGUUCGGGAGGAGAUUGAUUGGGACACUUUAAAAUCCUUGACAGAAGAGGAUUUAUUUAGCAUUGGUAUCACUGCUCUUGGUCCUAGGAAAAAGAUCAUUAACUCUAUUUUGGAGCUAAGAAAGGAAACUACCAAGGAGAAAGUAGCACGGCAAGAUGCUGCAAAAAAUGUACCUGUUGAUGCUAGUACUAAACCAAGCAAGUUGAUAACAGAUUAUUUUAUUUGUCCUGUUUCAGAAAGAAAGAAAGUUUGUGCUUCUGAUAGGGCACGACCUCCUGCUAUUGAUAGGGUACAAACAGCGGUCGGAAGAACUUGUUCAAGUGCUUCCUGUAAGAGAAUUCAGAAGAAAAAUCCAGCUAAGAGUGCAAAAUCUAAAGAUAUUCCCAUGUGGUGUUCCAUACCAGGAACACCAUUCCGAGUGGAUGCUUUCAAGUACUUGAGAAGAGAUUGUUCUCAUUGGUUCCUCAGCCACUUCCAUUUAGAUCAUUAUCAAGGCCUCACCAAGUCCUUCUGUCAUGGAAAAAUUUAUUGUUCCUUAAUUACGGCAAAGCUUGUUAAUAUGAAGAUCGGCAUCUCAUGGGACAUGAUACAAGUUUUACCCAUCAACCAGAAGAUCACCAUUGCAGGGAUUGAUGUCACAUGCUUUGAUGCAAACCAUUGUCCGGGUGCCCUAAUAAUCCUUUUUGAGCCACCCAAUGGUAAGGCUGUCCUGCAUACGGGGGAUUUCCGGUUUUGUGAAGAAAUGACGAGGAAUUCAAUCUUGCAGACUUGUGGUGUCCAUAGUCUCAUCCUAGAUACCACAUACUGUGAUCCUCAGUAUGACUUUCCCAAAUCGGAGGCUGUUAUUCAAUUCGUUAUUGAAUCAAUACAAGCUGAAACUUUCAACUCGAAGACCUUGUUUCUCAUUGGUAGCUAUACUAUAGGAAAAGAGAGGUUGUUUGUUGAGGUUGCUCGUGCUCUGCAGAAGAAAAUCUAUAUCACUGCAUCAAAGUUAAGCAUUUUGGAGUGUCUGGGUUUUACUCGAGAAGAAAUGCAGUUUUUCACAUUAAAUGAGCAGGAAAGCCAAAUUCAUGUCGUGCCUAUGUGGACUCUGGCUAGCUUCAAAAGGUUGAAGUAUGUUUCUAAUCAGUAUGCGGGUCGGUACAGUCUUAUAGUUGCUUUCUCUCCAACUGGUUGGUCAUUUGGUAAAGGAAAGAAGAAGUCAACGGGAAGCAGGUGGCAGCAGGGUACUAUCAUCAGGUAUGAAGUACCAUACAGUGAACACAGCAGCUUUUCAGAACUCAAAGAGUUUGUUAAGUUCGUAUCUCCUGUCAACAUCAUCCCUAGUGUAAACAAUCACGGACCUGAAUCCAGCAAUGCAAUGGUCUCACGCCUCUUGGACUGAUUGAUCUAUUCGACACCUAAUAGCAGUAAUUCUUUGCAUCUUGCCUUUGUUUUGUAAUUUGAGACUGCAUUCUCUGCUCUCUAAUUUAUUCAUGUAAUACCAUUUUGCGGUCGGCCUGUUGUAGCUGUUGGAUAAUGUAGUGCUUAUGUUUUGUUCCAAACUUGUGUAUUCUUUACAUGAUGCAGUAAUAAUUAGUGUAUUCAGUUCAAGAAAAA